AUGUCCCACGCGCCGGCGCUGCGCGCGCUGGCCGCCGUCGCGGCGUUGCUCGCGGCCUUCGUCCGCGCGCGGCUCGCGGCCCUCGAGUUCGCGGCCGAGGCGGCGCCGCCCGUGCGGCGCCUCGCGCCGCCGCGGCGCGCGCGGCUCUCGAACGCGUCGCUCGCGGAGACGCUGCCGCUCGGCGGCGUCGACUCGCUGGCGCCCUCGGCGUCGGCGCUCUUCGCGGGCCUGAGCGACGGCCGCGUCGUCCGCGUCGUCCGCGACGGCGACCGCGGCGUCGUCGUCGACGUCGUCGCCCGCUGCGGCGCCGUCGACCGCGAGCAGAGCCCGGCCGAGGCCGCGCGCGACUGCGGGACGCCGGGCUCCCAGCGGCGCUGCGGCCGGCCCCUGGGGCUCUUCCUCGCGCCGCGGUCCGCGGUCUUUAAGGCCGGCGGCCCGACCGACGACGACGCCGACGACGACGACGUGCUCUUGAUCGCGGACGCGUACAAGGGCCUCCUCGCCGUCGCGCGGCCGCACGGCCGCGCGCCGUCGCUGUCGCGCCUCGGCGCCGCGACGUACCUCAACGACGCGACGCCGUGCGGCCGCGUCUUCGCCACGGAGACGUCGACGGUGCACGGCCGCCGCGUCGACGCCUACGAGGACUUUGGGCGCGCGAGGCGCGGCCGCCUCCUCGAGCUCCGGGGCGGAGCGCUCGUCGCCGCCGCGGAGGGCCUCCGCGCGCCGACGGGCCUCGCGGUGGCCCACGGCAACGCGAGCCUGCUCGUCGUCUGCGGCGACGAGAUCCUCCGCUACGACCUCGCGACGGGCCGCGCGGACGCGACGGGCGCGGUCGACACCUUCGCGGCGGGGCUCCCGGGCUUCGGCGCGCGGCUCCGGCCGCGGCCUGUGCCGCGGCUCGCCACGCCCGGGGGCGAGCCGCGGACCUGCUACUGGCUCGCGAUCCCCGCGCCCCACGUCGGGUGGCACGCGGCCUACGCGCUCGCCGCGUACCCGCGCGUCCGGAGCCUCCUCGUGUCCCUGGCGCCCUACGCGGUCCUCGAGCGCCUCGCGAGCCCCGCGCGCCACGGCUUCGUCCUCGUCCUCUUCGCCGACGGCGCGCCGCUGGACUCCUACGAGGACCCGACGGGCCUCGUGGUCUCGCGCGUCUCCGACGCCGCGGCCUUCGGCGGCGACGUUUACUUCGCCUCGCCGUCGUCCGUCGUGCUCACGCGCGUCCCCGCGGCCAAGGCGGACAAGGCGCUGCUGGAGAAGCCCGGGUCCUUCGCCGAGGAGCCCGAGUCGUUCCGGGCCAAGGGCCUCAAGCUCGCCGCGUGCUUCGUCGGGCUCCAGGGGUCCUACGUGACCUGGGGCUUCAUCCAGGAGAAGGUCAUGACGCAGCGCUACGACACGGGCAUGUUCCCGUCCACGGUCUUCCUCGUCUGCGCGAACCGCGCGCUCGCGCUCGUCGUCGCUGGCGCGCUCAUGACGUACAAGUCGCGCGUGCUCCGGCAGCCCGCGCCGCGCGCGCCCUUCUACCAGUUCAGCCCCUGCUCCAUCUCCAACAUCGUGUCCUCCUGGGCCCAGUACGAGUGCCUCAAGUACGUGUCGUUCCCGACGCAGACGCUCUUCAAGUCGUCCAAGGUCAUCCCCGUCAUGCUCGUGGGCAAGUUCUUCCACAAGAAGAACUACCCCUGGAUCGAGUACGUCGAGGCCGUCGGCAUCACGCUGGGCGUGGCCCUCUUCAUGCUCACGGAGAAGGCGAAGAAGGGCGGCGGCGACGGCGCGGGCGACUCCGUGCUCGGCGUCCUGAUCCUGUCGGUCUACGUCUUCUGCGACUCCUUCACGUCGCAGUGGCAGGACCGCGUCUACAAGACCUACCACGUGGACCAGUACGCCAUGAUGUUCGGCGUCAACUUCUUCUCGCUCGCGUUCACGGCCUGCAACCUCCUCGCGACGGGCGAGAUGGGCGAGAGCCUCGCGUUCCUCGCGACGAACGAGGCCGCGCUCGUCAACGUGCUCACGCUGUCCUUCACGUCGGCCACGGGCCAGCUCUUCAUCUUCUACACCAUCAAGAACCCCGAGCGGGGUGAUUAG